CAUGCUGUCACACAAACACUAAUCAGCAGUUGUGUGUUGCCUGUGUGCAAUUAUGGCUUCUGUUGUGUUUGGUGCGUCUGGUACAAAAUUGCAAAAGCUACAGAGAAUUUUUCAAAGAGCUUAUUCAGAUGCCAAAUACCCUCAAAUCACAACUCACUAUACAGUAAUUCCAAGGGAGACAGAUCCACGAUGGAAAGAUAUAAAUAUGGAAAGGUUCGUCGACGAAACCGAUAUUCUUAUUGUGGGAGGUGGUCCAGCUGGAUUAUCCGCAGCUAUUCAAGCUCGUAGAUUGGCAGAGAAACAUGGCAAAGAACUCAGAGUGACUGUUGUUGAAAAGGCAUCUACAAUUGGUGGACAUAUUCUUAGUGGUGCUUGCUUGGAUCCGAUUGCCUUAAAUGAACUGUUUCCAAAUUGGAAGGAACUAGGUGCACCACUAAAUACUCCAGUUACAGAAGACAAAUUUGCAUUUUUGACAAAACAGGAAAGAAUAAAUAUACCUAUCUUUAAAGGAAUGCCAAUGUAUAACCAUGGAAAUUUUAUAGUGAGAUUGGGACACGUUGUGGCCUGGCUGGGCCUACAAGCAGAAGCUGCUGGUGUUGAGAUAUAUCCUGGUUAUGCAGCAGCAGAAGUCCUCUAUCAUGAGGAUGGAUCUGUGAAAGGAGUGGCCACAAAUGAUGUUGGUAUUGCUAAAGAUGGCUCGCCAAAAGAUAUGUUUGAACGAGGCAUGGAACUUCAUGCAAAAUGUACUAUAUUUGCAGAAGGCUGCCACGGACAUUUAACAAAACAGUUAUCAAAGAAAUUAAAUCUUAGAAAAGAUUGUGAGCCCCAAACAUAUGCGAUUGGAUUAAAAGAGGUUUGGGAGAUAGAGCCAAGUAAACAUAGACCUGGAGCAGUUGAACAUACAGUUGGUUGGCCUCUUAAUAGAAAUACCUAUGGAGGUUCAUUUUUAUAUCAUUUGAACGAAGAAACACCUUCGGUUGCUGUAGGGUUUGUUAUUGGAUUAGAUUAUAGCAAUCCAUAUUUAUCUCCGUUCAAAGAAUUUCAGAGAUUUAAACAACAUCCCAGUAUUAGACAAACUUUUGAAGGAGGGAAACGAAUAGCCUAUGGCGCUAGAGCAUUAGUAGAAGGUGGAUUUCAAUGUAUUCCCAAACUGCAAUUUCCUGGAGGUUGCCUUGUUGGAUGCACCGCAGGCUUUUUAAAUGUACCUAAAAUUAAAGGUACUCACAACGCUAUGAAAAGUGGCAUGCUGGCUGCAGAAAGCGUUAUUGAAGCGAUUGUAGAUGCCGAAAAUAACACUUCACCGACAAAAGGUUUAGAACCAAAGUCGUACACAGAUAAAAUAAAAAAUAGCUGGGUUUACAAAGAACUGAAGGCUGUACGAAAUAUAAGGCCCAGUUUUCAUACUUCUCUGGGACUCUAUGGUGGUUUGAUUUAUUCCGGAUUCUCAAUGUUACUGAAAGGCAAAGAACCAUGGACUCUCUCCCACGGAGGUCCCGAUUAUAAGAAACUGAAACUCGCAUCUGAGUCAACACCUAUAGACUACCCCAAACCGGACAAUGAAGUAUCUUUCGAUCUUUUGUCAUCAGUGGCUUUAACUGGUACAAAUCAUGAAGCUGAUCAACCACCCCAUUUAACUUUGACGGACGAUACCGUUCCAGUAAAGAAAAAUUUAGCUGAAUUUGCUGGUCCUGAAGGACGAUUCUGUCCUGCUGGUGUUUACGAAUUCGUGCCACUGGAAAGCGGAGACGGUGAAAGAUUACAAAUCAACGCGCAGAAUUGCAUUCACUGUAAAACAUGUGAUAUUAAAGAUCCGAGUCAAAAUAUUAAUUGGGUCGUGCCCGAGGGUGGCGGCGGACCUGCUUAUGACGGCAUGUAAAGUAGAUCAUCUAAUUCGAAUUGAAAAUGUUCGAAUGUGUAAUAUUAUUCAUCGCUCAAAACUUGUUUACUAUCUGUUUCUUUGCGCAAUGCGUACAUAUACGUAUGCAUAUAUAUAUGUAUAUACAUACAUAUGUAUAUAUACAUAUCUCAUGUAAAACAUUUUCUUACAGCCGC